AUGAUGUCAGAUUCGAAGGCAGCAUCAAAGUGGACGAGACGGCAUGCCUCGUCACGUAUUCCACUGCUAAAACACUCAACACUGCGCCAUCUGGAUGGCGAUACGGGCAAAUCGGAGAGCAGUUGCCAGGUCCCACCGCUACCAUCCGAAGCGUGCUCGCGGUUACCUCGUCAUUCCAAGGCCGUCAACUGUGAGGCUACUGAUUACGAGGUCUGCUCUAUCACGGGGCGUUCUCGACCCUUGCGGAAACCCAGGAAGAAGACGGAGCAGACGGAUGAUGAGAGCCGCGAUCCGGAGGUGAGUCGAGAUGCCACCAUGACUGUGCGACGUCGACGAACAAAGUACAGAACUCGGACUCUGGAGACUGCGGACUUCUCCAGGGAGCUGCGCGGACUAGAUGUGAUCCGUUCCAAACUCGAGAACAUGACAGACGACCAAUGGAAUCGGGUUUUGGCCAUUUUGAGUGGAAAUGCUGGCGACGGGCGUCCAACUUCUCCCCCUCCCCCUCUUCCGCCUGCUGUUCCUCACAAACAUACUGAAGACAGCUUACCUUGGCCACGCGUGCCGCGGGGUUUUUCACCCGCGUGCGUCGAACGGACGGUAGAACCUAGGGAGACUGAACCCCCACCACGAGGUCUUGUCCGGAAAAGAGAACGCAGGAGAAAGUGUCUAAGCGAAGGUACGCAUAGACAUCGACAAGCGGCGGCGGAGGAGGAGAAAGCUGAAGGGAGAGAGGGGCAGGGGGAGGGACUUGGGGCCGACCACGAGCCCACCAUGCCAUCAAUCGACUCUGUGCUAACUGAAAAGCCCCCACAUUCACAAACACACCAUCCAGUUAGGCGAACGCGAGAAGUUCACAGAAGACGAGAACGUGCGGAGGGCGAUCUACCCAACUACUACUACAGAGCAAGAACGGAAAUGCAGGCGGAGAAAAUAUUUGGCAAGCAUUAA